AUGCAAGUAAGUUACAUAGAGAAGAAGAGUGUUGACGAGCUUAGUAUAAGCACACUUAUCGGAGACAGAAUAUUUUUCAUUAGAGGAAUGGAGUUGUUAAGUAAAAGCAUUUACAUGUAUGAUUCUGAGGUUUUACACAAGGUAUUUAAGGAUAAGGUUGAUUAUAUAUGCUACUUCAACGGGGUGCUACUGGUUUUGUGUGGGAAUGCUCUAUACAGAUAUAAAUUGUUUGGAGAGGAGCUAGUACUGAGUGGAACUCAUCAAUUACUCGAACCUCCAAUCAGGAUAUGUGUGAAUGAGACCUCUGAGACAAAGGAAAACUGUGGCGUAUGUUUUCUAUAUAGAAACAAAAAGAUUGAGAUUUUGAAUGAUGAGGUUGAGAAGAUUGGAGUGCGAUGCAAGGGAGAUGUUGCAAGAGAAGAUGAGAUAAUCGACUUUUCGAUAGAUGGUGGAUCGUCAUGGUUUCUGGCUAGAUCUGGAAGGAUUUAUCAUACACACUCCUUUGUGAUAUCGAGAACUGUUCUUUUGAACAAACCCGUCCGGAUGAUUCCUGAGCCGACUUACUUUGAUGGAAGUAUCAAUAGAAUUAUGGCUAGGAAAGGAAAGAUGUAUGUAUGCUACGAUGAAGGAUUUGAGAUGUACGAUAUUGGGAAGGAUGUUUUGGUACUGAACUAUACAUAUAGAACGCAGGACUUUGAGCUCCACGCCUCCUCCGAUGUGUAUUGUCUAGAGAAGAACCUACUGGUUGUGAAUGAAGUACCUCGGGUGAUUGCAAGUGUCCGGGUUCAUAAGAUGUUUGGAGACGUUGGGAUUUCCCGCGACAGGAUUCUGUUCGUUAAAAGGUCAAAGAGGGAUGAAAGGACAGACAUAAGAUUAUUGAAAGAAGAGGAUGCAGAGGUGAGGACAAGGGAGAUGUUUAGAGUGGUGGAGAAUGAGAUUAGGAUUCCUGAGAUUGAACUCUCAGAAAAUGGAAAGGAUGCCUCUGAGAAGAGCUUUCUUAUGAUACAAAAAAUGAUCAACGAAUUUGAGAGUAAGGUUCUCGAUGUGUACAGAAGAAUAUACUUUGAGCUUGUGACACUUAAUGAAAGCUUUAGUGAAAAGAUAAUAGGAUUGACUGCUGAGAACGAUUUAAUAUUGAGGAAGGUAGAGGUUCUUGACAAAAAAAAGAAUGAACUGAUGGCACGCCUUCAAAGACUUGGUGAGAAGAUGAGCAGCACCGUUUCUAGGGUUAAGAUAGAUGGAAGUAGGAUGAAGAGGUUGGCCAAGAUGGUAGAGGUGGCUAUUGACGGAACUGGUUUCAAAAGAUAUGAGAAGUAUUCAAAGAUUCUCAAGCUCCAAAGGGAGGUGCUUAACAGAAAGGUGAUUUGA